AUGUCGCAGCCCACAGAAAGAGAGAAGAUGCUCCGCGGGGAGCUCUUCCAUGCUUUCACCCCAGAUCUGGUGGCAGCUCGGGCCGGUUGUAAAUAUGCCUGCAAUCGGUUCAACAAUGCUGGGGAGGUCUCACGGCGACGGUUGGUGGAGCUGUGGAGAGAUGUUGUCGACGAUCACAGUCCUCUGCCACCAGUCCAGGAUGACCCCGUGGCUGAUGAAGCCCUCUUUCAACAUGAGCCCUGGAUCGAGCCUCCAAUCCGGGUGGACUAUGGCUUCAAUGUGAGACUCGGCGAGGGUGUCUUUGUGAAUUUCAACUGCGUCUUCAUCGACAGUUGCCCCAUCACCAUCGGUGCUCGGACUAUGUUCGGUCCCAACGUCAGCCUGUUUGCGGGGACACAUCCACUCGAUCCUGCUUUGCGCAAUGGAACUGAGGGGCCUGAGAUGGGCAAGCCAAUUGAUAUCGGCGAGGAUUGCUGGAUUGGAGGGAAUGUGAUUGUGCUUCCGGGGGUAAAGAUUGGGAAAGGUGCAACGAUCGGAGCUGGGAGUGUAGUGACCAAGGAUGUGCCUGCAUUUCAUGUCGCUGCUGGGAACCCAGCUCGAGUGAUUCGCCGUAUUGAGACAUCCAUGACAGAAUGA